GCUCGGGGCGCGCUCUCGGGAGGUUCUCACGGGCUUGGCCGAGCGCCGGGACGUUCCGCUCGUGGACCAGCCGGGCGCGGGGCGAUGCUGCGGGUGCGGUGUCUGCGCGGCGGGAGCCGAGGCGCGGAGGCGGUGCACUACAUCGGGUCUCGGCUUGGAGGAACUCUCACAGGCUGGGUGCAGCGAACUUUCCAGAGCACCCAGGCAGCUGCGGCUUCCUCCCAGAACUCCUGUGCAGCUGAUGACAAGGCCACAGAUCUUCUGCCCAAGGACUGCCCAGUCUCCUCUUACAACGAAUGGGACCCCUUAGAGGAAGUGAUAGUGGGCAGAGCGGAAAACGCCUGUGUUCCACCAUUCACGGUGGAGGUGAAGGCCAACACAUAUGAAAAGUAUUGGCCAUUUUACCAAAAGCAUGGAGGCCAUUAUUUUCCCAAAGAUCACCUGAAGAAGGCUGUUGCUGAAAUUGAAGAAAUGUGCAAUAUUUUAAAAAUGGAAGGCGUGACAGUGAGGAGACCUGACCCCAUUGACUGGUCAUUGAAGUAUAAAACUCCUGAUUUUGAGUCUACGGGUUUAUAUGGGGCAAUGCCUCGAGACAUCCUGAUUGUUGUGGGGAAUGAGAUUAUUGAGGCUCCCAUGGCGUGGCGCGCUCGCUUCUUUGAGUACCGUGCAUAUCGAUCCAUUAUCAAAGACUACUUCCACCGUGGAGCCAAGUGGACAACAGCUCCUAAGCCCACAAUGGCUGAUGAGCUUUAUGACCAGGAUUACCCCAUCCAUUCUGUAGAAGAUAGACACAAAUUGGCUGCUCAGGGAAAAUUUGUGACGACUGAGUUUGAGCCAUGCUUUGAUGCUGCUGACUUUAUUCGAGCUGGAAGAGAUAUUUUUGCCCAGAGAAGCCAGGUUACAAACUACCUGGGCAUUGAAUGGAUGCGUAGACAUCUUGCUCCAGACUAUAGAGUGCAUAUCAUCUCUUUUAAAGAUCCCAACCCAAUGCAUAUUGAUGCCACCUUCAACAUCAUUGGACCUGGUCUUGUUCUUUCCAACCCUGAUCGACCAUGUCAUCAGAUCGAUCUUUUCAAGAAAGCAGGAUGGACCAUAGUUACUCCUCCAAUACCAGUCAUCCCAGAUGAUCACCCACUCUGGAUGUCAUCCAAAUGGCUUUCUAUGAAUGUCUUAAUGCUAGAUGAAAAGCGUGUUAUGGUGGAUGCCAAUGAAGUCCCAAUUCAAAAGAUGUUUGAAAAGCUGGGUAUCAGUACCAUUAAGGUUAACAUUCGUAAUGCCAAUUCCCUGGGAGGAGGCUUCCACUGCUGGACCUGUGAUAUCCGGCGCCGAGGCACUCUACAGUCCUACUUUGAUUGACCAGGCCUGCUGAAGCUUGUGGCUGGGCCGCAAAUAAACCUAGGAAGCUUAGGGACAGGUUCAUUCUCUUGCUUUAAAACAUGCAUGAACUGUAGUGCUUUAAACAAUCAUAUUCUUAACAGGGGUCUUAAGCCUGGUUUAUUUUUAUUACUUUUCUUUGAUAUAAGGAAAAUAACUUGUGCUAGGUCUUACUCUGUAUUCCUAAAUUUAUUUACUAUUUGGCUUCAGCUGUAAAAUUUAGUGAAUAUAUUUACCAAGCCAGAAAUUAGACAUUUGUAUAACUUGGCCGCUAAUAUUUAACCAUCUACCUCUGUUUUUAAUUUUCUUUCCAAAAGGCAGCUUGAAAUGUUGGUCCUAAUCUUCAUUUUUUUCCCUGUUUACUGGAUUUGUGAAUGUUGUAUCACUUCUUUUUUUCUGAAUAAGAAAAAGACUUAGAACAUAUGCAGAUCUUGAGUAGAACCAGCUAAUUGUCUCUUUUUCUAAUAAAGAAUUUUGGUAAUUUUUAAUUAUUUUUGUUUUAUAAAAAUAACUUAGACUAUGCAAACAUUUAAGUGAAAUUUGCUUGAAUGUUUUUAAUAUUCUCAUCUGAACAUUUCGUGAUACUCGCCACUAAAAACUUUUUCAUGCAGUUUACCCUAGUUCAAUUGAUAUAUUUUAAUCUCUCUUCUUUUUCCAAAAAUUCACAGAAAUAUUUAGUGCAGUAGAUAGAACCAUCACUUCCCAUCCCUUAAUUUUGAUGUUUAUUAUCUGAUAGAUACAUUGCAUCAUUGGUAAUCUAAGGUUUGUUAACAGAUAUGCAAAUUAUUUAAAAUGCAGACUUUAAAAGUAUUAAAAAAAAAACUAAUGGAGAUACAACCCACAUGCAAUGAGAAAUAAUCUUAAUGUUGGAUACAUGUAUUUUUAUUCUAAUAAACUUUUGUGUUACAGAA